GUGACCUUCAGCAACGAUGCCGUCCCGAGCCCCGCCUCCGAGCACACUGGCAGCUGUGAGCAGUCUUGGGCCGAGACGGGGUCAAUGGAGGACAGCAGCGACCUGGCAAUAUUUCAGCUUGAGACGCUCAGGGCAGCUAGCAAGGAGCGCAAUCCACUCAGUCCUGGUCUGGUGAGAUCGUCGGAGAGGGAGGAAUCGCUCAUGCUGAAGCAGCUCCGCAGACAAAACGCAGCCACUAUUGGGAAUCUGCGUGAUCUUGAGAUGGACCAGAUCAAGCAUGACGAGGCGCCUGCUGCCUUCCAGGUGCUGCAGAGCAUUGUUGGUCAUCCUCGAUUUGUGGCUUUCUGGGCCGUCGCAGUUGUCCUCAACAUAGUCGUCAUGAUAGCGGAGGAGGAGCAGCUCGGCAUGAGGAUGGGAGCACAGCUCGGAUUCUACAAGCGUUAUGGCACCGACGAGUACAUGAGCGAGUGGUGGCCCUCGUUCGAGCAGCUUAUAUUCGGGUCGGACGUUGCCUUCGUCGUCCUGUUCUCGGUCGGCGGGUUAUUCUCGUCUACGCGUACGAUUUGUGCAGGGCCGCGUUAG